UUCCGGAUUGCGCAGUGGAGAAGACUUCGUCCGCCAUCACUGCUUACAAGCUAAAACAUUAGCCGAAACAUUCUCGGGAAAGCGGCUGACAACAGUUGAACGAACGCAGACACCGACCGCAUUCCCAUUAGGGAGGUCGUUACGCGUCCAUUCUUCUGUCCUGGCGCAGAUAUCAGACUCGCAGCUGCCUUUCAUGUAGUCUUUAAGUCAACUUAGUAACGAAAGUCUCUAAGUAAUCAUGUCCAACCUCAAAGGCGGCACCAAGAAGGACACCAAGAUGAGGAUACGAGCCUUUCCUAUGACGAUGGAUGAGAAAUAUGUAAAUAACAUCUGGGACCUUCUCAAGAACGCCAUCCAGGAGAUCCAGAGGAAGAACAACAGCGGGCUGAGCUUCGAGGAGCUGUACAGGAAUGCCUACACCAUGGUGCUGCACAAGCACGGAGAGAAGCUCUACACGGGCCUGAGGGAGGUGGUCACAGAGCACCUCAUCAACAAAGUACGGGAAGAUGUUCUGAACUCCUUGAACAACAACUUCCUGCAAACUCUGAACCAGGCCUGGAACGACCAUCAAACCGCCAUGGUUAUGAUCCGGGACAUCCUCAUGUACAUGGACCGGGUUUACGUUCAGCAGAACAACGUGGAGAAUGUAUACAACCUCGGCCUCAUCAUAUUCAGGGACCAGGUGGUGCGCUACGGCUGCAUCCGGGACCACCUACGACAGACCUUGCUGGACAUGAUCGCGCGGGAGCGAAAGGGGGAGGUCGUGGACAGGGGCGCCAUCAGGAACGCCUGCCAGAUGCUGAUGAUUCUCGGUCUGGACGGCAGAACUGUAUACGAGGAGGACUUCGAAGCCCCCUUCUUAGAAAUGUCGGCCGAAUUCUUCCAGAUGGAGAGCCAGAAGUUCCUGGCCGAAAACAGUGCCAGUGUCUACAUAAAGAAGGUGGAGGCCAGAAUCAAUGAAGAGAUCGAGCGAGUGAUGCACUGCUUAGACAAGUCGACCGAAGAGCCGAUUGUUAAGGUGGUGGAGAGGGAGCUCAUUUCCAAGCAUAUGAAGACCAUCGUGGAAAUGGAGAACUCCGGCUUGGUGCAUAUGCUCAAAAAUAGCAAGACAGAAGACCUGGCCUGCAUGUACAAGCUGUUCAGCCGGGUACCAAACGGCCUGAAAACAAUGUGCGAGUGCAUGAGCUCCUAUUUGAGGGAACAAGGCAAAGCUCUGGUGUCAGAAGAGGGAGAGGGCAAGAACCCCGUCGACUACAUUCAGGGUCUGCUGGACUUGAAAACACGAUUCGAUCAUUUCCUCCUCGAGUCUUUCAACAACGACAGGCUCUUUAAGCAGACCAUCGCUGGAGACUUUGAGUAUUUUCUCAACCUCAACUCGCGCUCGCCGGAGUACCUGUCACUGUUCAUAGACGACAAGCUGAAGAAGGGCGUGAAAGGGCUGACAGAACAGGAGGUGGAGUCUAUCCUGGACAAGGCCAUGGUGUUGUUCAGGUUUAUGCAGGAGAAGGACGUGUUUGAAAGAUACUACAAGCAGCACCUGGGUCGCCGGCUUCUCAGCAACAAGAGCGUCUCCGAUGAUUCGGAGAAGAACAUGAUCUCUAAGCUGAAGACGGAGUGCGGCUGUCAGUUCACCUCCAAGCUGGAGGGGAUGUUCAGAGACAUGAGCAUCUCGAACACUACCAUGGAUGAGUUCAGGCAGUACAUCCAGAGCAUAUCGGCCUCUUUAAGCGGCGUAGACCUAACAGUAAGAGUCCUCACCACGGGCUAUUGGCCCACACAGUCUGCAACACCGAAGUGCACCAUCCCCCCGGCUCCUAGAGAUGCUUAUGAAGUCUUCAGAAGGUUUUACCUUGCUAAGCACAGUGGAAGGCAGCUCACACUACAACACCACAUGGGGGGAGCAGACCUAAAUGCAACUUUCUACGGAGCCAUUAAAAAGGAGGACGGCUCGGAGGUGGGUGUCGGCGGAGCACAGGUGACGGGUUCAAACACCCGAAAGCACAUCUUGCAGGUCUCUACCUUCCAGAUGACCAUCCUCAUGCUCUUCAACAACAGAGAAAAGUGCACUUUUGAGGAGAUUCAGCAGGAGACGGAUAUCCCCGAGAGGGAGUUGGUGCGGGCGUUGCAGUCCUUAGCGUGUGGAAAACCUACACAGCGAGUUCUAACGAAAGAGCCAAAGUCAAAAGAGAUCGAAAAUGGCCACGUGUUUACAGUCAACGAUCAGUUUACCUCCAAGCUGCACAGAGUCAAAAUCCAGACGGUUGCUGCUAAGCAAGGGGAAUCGGAUCCUGAAAGAAAAGAGACACGGCAGAAAGUGGACGACGACAGGAAGCAUGAGAUCGAGGCAGCCAUCGUCCGCAUCAUGAAGUCGAGGAAGAAGAUGCAGCACAAUGUCCUGGUAGCAGAGGUGACCCAGCAGCUCCGAGCGCGGUUUCUUCCCAGUCCUGUGGUAAUCAAAAAGCGCAUUGAAGGACUGAUAGAAAGAGAAUACCUGGCGCGGACCCCAGAGGAUCGUAAAGUGUACACCUAUGUGGCGUAGGAGGUGAUUUGCUGGGGAGUAAAGAUCGGAGUGUUUUCUGUGGACUGUUGUUGCGUAUGGACUGUAAGUUUCUUUUACAGACAAUGACUGGAAUCCUGAUUCAUCGACUCUUGCAAAAAAACAAAAACAAAAAAAAAAAAACACAGUAAGCCCCUUGUAUGUGGGACGUGAAUACAUGGGAUAGACGGGG